UCUCCGAGUUGGCUGAGAGUGAAACAAACAUGGCGACAGACUGGAGUGGUUGGCAGGGGUAUACGCUAACUUUAAUCGUUUUACUAUGGUGUACGGCGAGCACAGAAGCCGAGACGGGGAUCCCGGAGACCGGUAGCCCCACCCAGGUCUUCGGCAUGCGGCUGGAGAGGAGCGACAAGCCGGCCACUACCACCGACGACGGGGUGAUCCAAGUAACAGAGGAGAGCAACAUCUUCAUGAGGUUCUACGGGCUGCAGAUUCUUCCUGACACCUCGUCACAGAUCAAGUUCAUGGAACAUGAACAUGUUGAUGUUACUAGCAAUAAUGCUAAUUUUAACAGGACUUGCGCCGAAUAUACCAAAGAUAUCGUUAUUCGGGGUGGCAUGAACGUGAGCCACCUCGGAACCUCCGGGGUGGUGAGUUUGAAAAUCAAGCCGCUACGGAAGCGCGAGCUCAAGAAGGAGUAUGGGCUCUGCGUCCGGGACAGUCAAGAUGGCAAGUGGUACCUGUUGGGUGAGGAUGACGGGAGGCUGCGAGUGGUUGAGGAAAAGAAAUCCAUGCUUCCUAUGUGGUUCCAGUGUAUCCUCAUCUGCACUCUGUUGGUACUGUCAGGUAUGUUCAGCGGGCUCAACCUGGGACUCAUGGCCCUGGAUCCUAUGGAGCUCCGGAUAGUCCAGAACUGCGGUACCGAAAAGGAGAAGAGGUACGCCAGCAAGAUCGAGCCCAUUCGGAGAAAAGGGAACUAUCUUUUAUGUUCCUUACUCCUGGGUAAUGUGCUAGUCAACACAACGCUCACCAUCCUCCUGGAUGACUUGAUAGGGUCAGGUCUGGGAGCAGUGGUCGCCUCCACUAUAGGUAUUGUCAUAUUCGGGGAGAUCGUUCCCCAGGCGCUGUGCUCUCGCCACGGACUGGCUGUAGGAGCCAACACCAUCAUGGUGACCAAGUUCUUCAUGUUGGUGACUUUCCCCCUGUCAUGGCCCAUCAGUAAACUCCUGGACUGCAUCUUGGGCCAGGAGAUCGGUACCGUGUACAACAGGGAGAAGCUGGUGGAGAUGCUGAGAGUAACGGAACCGUACAAUGACCUGGUCAAAGAGGAACUCAACAUGAUCCAGGGUGCGCUUGAGCUCAGGACCAAAACUGUUGAAGAUGUCAUGACGCCGAUCAGUAAUUCCUUCAUGAUCCACAGCGACGCCGUGUUGGACUUUAACACCAUGUCAGAGAUCAUGGAGAGCGGUUACACGCGCAUACCGGUGUUUGAGGAUGAGAGGUCUAACAUUGUGGAUAUCUUGUUUGUCAAGGACCUGGCUUUUGUUGAUCCAGAUGACUGUACGACGCUGAAGACCAUCACCAAGUUCUACAACCACCCGGUUCACUUUGUGUUCCAUGACACCAAGCUGGAUUCCAUGUUAGAGGAGUUCAAGAAAGGUAAGUCCCACCUGGCCAUCGUUCAGAAGGUGAAUAAUGAGGGGGAAGGGGAUCCGUUCUACGAGGUGCUGGGAUUGGUUACCUUGGAAGACGUCAUCGAGGAGAUCAUCAAAUCAGAGAUCCUGGACGAGUCGGACCUUUACACUGACAACAGCAGAAACAGGAAGAAGGUGGCACCCAAUAAGAACAAACGAGAUUUCUCCGCCUUCAAACAGAGUGAGAGCGAAUCCAAAGUCAAGAUCUCCCCUCAGCUGCUAUUGGCCGCUCAUCGUUUCCUGGCAACAGAGGUGACGUUAUUCAGCCCGUCCCAGAUAUCAGACAAGGUUCUGUUGAGGAUUCUGAGACACCCCGACGUCAUCCAGGACAUUAAGUUCAACGACAGUGACAAACGCUGUCCUCAACACUUUGUCUACCAGAGAGGGAAGGCUGUUGACUACUUCAUACUCAUACUGCAGGGUCGGGUGGAGGUGGAAGCCGGGAACGAGAACAUGAAGUUUGAGACGGGACCCUUCUCCUACUACGGAGUCAUGGCCCUCAGUGCUCCCACGUUAGUGGUGUCAUCUCGUCCUCGUCACCUCUCUCUAAAGCGGUUCUCUCUGUUCUCCAGGUUGCCAGAGUUCCGCUCCCCGUCACACAUCAGUGGUUUGAACAGGACCGCGUCUCUGAGCGCUGCAGAUCGGACAGAGUCGGUGUCUGUCAGCGGCAGUAGCAGCCAGCUCAACACUCAGUUCCCCUCACCGUCAUACACACCCGACUUCUACGUACGAGCUCUCUCAGACCUGCAGUUCGUCAAGAUCACACGUGCCCAAUACCAGAACGGUCUGAUGGCGUCUCGUCUGGAUUCCUCCCCCCAGUCACCUGAUUGCGGCCACCCCCGUCUGGAGGGUACCCCGCCCCCCGUGGGCACCGCCACCCUCAGCUUCCUAGCUGACGACACCCCCACUCCGGAGAAAAGCCCCCUCCUGGCUGAUGAGACCACCUCUCUCCUCAACGAGCAGUACGGCCCUCUCCUGGCUGAUGAGACCACCUCUCUCCUCAACGAGCAGAACUCUCUGCCUCACAACCACCACCACAACCCAUCAGAGAGCAGCAUAUGACACACACACUAGUACACACACUUAUAUAUGUGUGUUUACACACACUACCAGGGACUGAGGAGACUGUGUGUGAGCACACACACACACACACACACACACACACACACACACACACACACACACACACACACACACACACACACACACACACACACACACACACACACACACACACACACACACACUGACAUUAUGCCAAACUGUCUUGAGGAACGACUCUCUUCCCCCAUUUUAAAAGUCAACCCUGAGGCUGGUAGUGUGUACAGUGUCAGCUAUUCCCCCCUGUACCCCCUCUUCUUCCAGCAUGGUCAGCCUUCCCCCCGUACCCCCUCUUCUUCCAGCAUGGUCAGCCUUCCCCCUGUACCCCCUCUUCUUUCAGCAUGAUCAGCUAUCCCUCCUGUACCCCCUCUUCUUCCAGCAGGGUCAGCUAUCCCCCCUGUACCCCCUCUUCUUCCAUCAUGGUCAGCCUUCCCCCCGUACCCCCUCUUCUUCCAACAUGGUCAGCUAUCCCCCCUGUACCCCCUCUUCUUCCAGCAUGGUCAGCCUUCCCCCCGUACCCCCUCUUCUUCCAGCAUGGUCAGCCUUCCCCCCGUACCCCCUCUUCUUCCAGCAGGGUCAGCUAUCCCCCCUGUACCCCCUCUUCUUCCAGCAGGGUCAGCUAUCCCCCCUGUACCCCCUCUUCUUCCAGCAGGGUCAGCUAUCCCCCCUGUACCCCCUCUUCUUCCAGCAGGGUCAGCUAUCCCCCCUGUACCCCAUCUUCUUCCAGCAGGGUCAGCUAUCCCCCCUGUACCCCCUCUUCUUCCAGCAGGGUCAGCUAUCCCCCCUGUACCCCCUCUUCUUCCAGCAGGGUCAGCUAUCCCCCCUGUACCCCCUCUUCUUCCAGCAGGGUCAGCUAUCCCCCCUGUACCCCAUCUUCUUCCAGCAGGGUCAGCUAUCCCCCCUGUACCCCCUCUUCUUCCAGCAUGGUCAGCCUUCCCCCCGUACCCCCUCUUCUUCCAGCAUGGUCAGCCUUCCCCCCAUACCCCAUCUUCUUCCAGCAGGGUCAGCUAUCACCUCUGUACCCCCUCUUUCAGCAUGGCACAAUGUCAUUAUUGGUCUGUCUGACUGCAUUGUCUGUGUGUUUCUGCAAAGUGAGUUCUGUGUGUGUGUGUGUGUGUGUGUGUGUACUGUAACAGAGUUAGGGACAGAGAUCAAAGAAGACGACAGAGAUGUCAGAAGCUGUGCUGUUGGAGAGAAGGACUAGGACCAUGUGGAGGAAGGGGCAGGGGUAUGAGAGAGCAAAGUAGAGCGAGAUGGAGCAUAGAGAUAAUGUGACAUGGUAGUGGUGUUGGGCUCAAUAGGACUGGACUGAGGGAGGUCCCUUAUGACCAUUCGUUUUCUACACUGACUAAACAAGGGAUUUUUUUAUAUGGAUUAACAGUUGUUUUUCUUCUCACUUUUAUAUAAAAAGUCCAUCAGUGUUUCAGAUAUAGACAGGUCGUAGCUAGUUACAGAUGCCUACAGGGAGAGGUGUAUGUGUGUGUGUGUGUGUGUGUGUGUGUGUGUGUGUGUGUGUGUGUGUGUGUGUGUGUGUGUGUGUGUGUGUGUGUGUGUGUGUGUGUGUGUGUGUGUGUGUGUGUGUGUGUGUCCUCCCCCUUGCUGUUUCCUGGUCUGCUCUGUCUCCACUGUAAAGCCACACCACUCAGGGAGACUCAAAUAAACAGAUAGAAGCACCAUCAACAGCAACACAACAACAUCCACAUGUGUAGUAACCCCCAACCAUUAAUUAACGCCAACUAUACAGCUGAAGACAAAGACCAAUCAGAACAUGUGUAGUAACCCCCAACCAUUAAUUAACGCCAACUAUACAGCUGAAGACAAAGACCAAUCAGAACAAAGCAUGUCAAAGAGGAAACUAAUAUAUGUUAUAAAUAUGUAAUAAUACUAUAUUGAAAAAGAAAAUGCUAUUUAUUAAUUCCAUGUAUGCUGAGAGAGGGGAAAACGUGUCUGUUGGUUUGUAUUUGUGGAUAUUCAUGUCAAGGUGUAUAGUAGAUUAGUGGUCUUUAUGAGUUUCCUCAGACUUCUAUGGGGAAGGCGUAAAUAAAAGACAGCUAGUCUUUUAGCUAGGGGCUUCUCCUUUUCCCCAAAGAUGCCAAUGGAUUCAUCAGGGAUGGACCACCAGUGUGUGUUGUAAGACAAUCAAUAUGAUGAUGAUGAAUGUGGCAGAUGUGUAGGGUACGUUACUAUAAAGGGGACUGAGAGCCCUUUCCUGCUUUCAGAUGGACUGGGGACUGGGGUGAGAGGCCCUUGGUCGAAGAUUUUGGGGUGGAAAAACUUAAAGGUUUGUUUCUGUCUGUGUGACCAAGUGGCAAUCACAUUCGGGAACAGUAACCUAAUUAGAAAAAUGCCUCCUGUCCUGAGAAAAUAUACCUUCAUAUAUAUAUAAUUGACUAUUUAUUUUGCAUAAAAUUCAAGUUGUAUAUUUGAGAUUUUUUUUUCCGUUGUAAAUUUUGUUGUCUGUGUUUUAUAAUCUAGCGUUUUCAUUGAGAAUAUUGUCAUUAUCACGAUGAGAUUCCUUUUAAAUGUAGCAGUUGAACGGGGUGGUUGACAGCCAGUCCAGUGCAAAGUGAAUCCGUUUUAUGCUUUAGUCUCUAGACCCAUCUCAUCAGUCCUAAAUCGUAUAUUAUAUUUCCCAGACCUGUCCUGCACAUUUGCCCAUGUAUCGAUCUAUUGAAUAACACUGUGACAUUAUCAUUUUACCAAGUCUAUAGUAGUUGUCCAAAUUAACAGCAUUGUUUUACCAAAUAAUUAAUUCAUCUUUCCAAUUCAUCUUUUAUAUUAAAUGUUUUACACACAAAAAAAAAGCACUGCAGAUUCCACAAAAAGGACACAGUCACCAAAGGGAUAUAUUCUCUGUCUAAAGUAAUAUCUUUGUGCUGGACUGGUAUGGGCCGACCCUCCCCUCCUUUAAAACAAGUGUUCACAUUGAUCAUGGAACCAGAACUGGACUGUAACUCUCCUGGAGGGGAAUGGUCAAGCACUUUUUUCUACAACUUUAUUUUUCAUUUUUAAUAGUUGGGAUGUGGUGUAGUUAUGAAUCCAAAGGAUGGGGAAGAAUUCUGUGGAGGAAAAAUAAAUAAGAAUCUCCCUUUAAAAAAAAAUUAAAUAAAAAUUGUAUUGAUUCAGGGUUAGUAUGUUAUGUUGAACUGUACGCCUUGUUCAGAGCCAAUGUGACUCUGAGUGGUCUAGACAGACACAGGGAAUAUUAAAAAUACCUUCAAAUA